AUGUGCUAUCCCGCGACGCGCACCUCUUCCGCGCCGCAGCAACCUGCAGCGGACCGCCUCCCAGAAGAGAGCGACCGUCUGCACCUCGCUCUCGACCCACGGAUCCACUGGCCGCUGCGCUGGACGGAAGAGUGGUACGACGCCAAGAUGGCGGAGAUCAGGGCGCGAGGCGGCCGGAAAGCCCAGUUUGGACGCGCAGCGCAGCGGCGGCGGGACCUCAGACGCCAGGCCGAAGCCCGGAUGCGGGCCGACAAGGCGGCGCUUGCUCUCGGCCAGCCGCUGCGGCGGCACCCGCCCGCGCCGUGGACGCACAGCCGCCCUGUGGAUUUUGGGGACGUUGCGGAGAGUGAGCUGCCGGACUAUGUCAAGGCCAACCCGUCCUGGCUGCGCGCGUGCGAGUGGAUGCGCUCGAACCGCGCCCAGGUCGUGCACAUGGCGCAGCAGAAGAUGCGGCGGAAAGCGGCGGGCGAAACGAUCCAGAACUUGCUGGGCCAGGGAAGGGAGCCUGUCGCGCCGGGUGCCGUGACCAACGGACGGGCGGCUUCGCCAAAUGGGCGAGCAUGA